GCCAAUAAAUACUCGCCCUUCCCCCAUAAUAGCGACCACAGGUUGCGACAGCCUUGCGUUCCUCUGGCAGUUUGCUCAUUCCGUCAGCUGUCUACGCGAUACUAGGCGCUUAUCGUGAUCCUCUCGGUCCCGGAGAUACUGGCAAAACUUCCGCACCUGAUUCGGUUGUGUAUACGCGUUACGCGGUGUGGUCCAUCUUACCGGCAUUGCAGUUUUUUCUUCCCUUCUCGUGUGUUCCAGUCUUCUCGUGUGUUCCAGUCUUCAGGCUUCAACCUGGUCCGCGAGUUCCCCUCACAACGGAUGCACUCGGUUCGAUUCUACAGCCAGUAACCCUCGAGGAUGUCCGGUACAGGGUUGAACCAACGUCCUCGCGUGAAGACGUCUGACCUCGCUGACUUUUUCCGUUCUACCCAUGGAUCUCGACAUUCCCCGAAAAAUGCAGUGGUUACCGAACCCGGUACACCUUCAUCGUCAGAGAAGUCCUUCACGUCCAAAUCACGGCGUUCUAUGUUGCCGUUCCUAGGAAGGAAGAAGUCUGCAGAGCAGUCCGUUGCAGCGCCCGCCAGAAAGUCCACAGUGGAGCGCCCUCCAGCGAAUGUCGCCCGUCGUUCUUUAGGCAAUGGGCGCACAGUGAUAAUGAUUACUCCUUCAAUGGAUGCAUCCUCAUCGGUUGCCCCCCCUCUCCCCUCCACUCUUCCGCCGGUGAACGUUUGUCCUCCAUCACUAGGAUCCAAGUUUGCGGCACAUUUCACUCCUUUGCGGUCAUCUCCCAAGUCUUCCAAAGCUUCCAAAUCCCAACAUGUAGCGGCUCAGAAACCAGUCGACAACUGUUCGGGACUUCCUAUGCACACGUUAUCACCACCAGCACCUGAUGGACGUUCAUCCUCAGUUGAGUCUCCACGUUCGAGUAUGCAAAGUCGUUCCCCUACUCCUCGUCCUCACCCCACGCUUCAAUCUUCCGCAGCUUCUUGCGGAGACUCGGAGGAUUAUUCUGAUUUAUUUCUGCAACCCCAGCUUGGGGAACCGUCGCAGGUGGCCAAGUGUGCUUCCUCUCCUACUAUCUUGACCGUUGCAGAAUCUCCGAAGGAGAAUUCAGAAACGCCUCUCGCCACUACCCUCCAGUUCCCCUACCCACCUUCCACAAUUGGUCGGCCUUCAUUGGCCACCUCUGAUAAAACUGUAGUUCGCCGUUCUUGUGAUUGGUCCAAGGACGUUGGUAAUAACUGCGACAGUACUAUAGCUCACGUGGGGCCACGAUCGGGCGCUGGAAGUGAACAGACAACCCCGCAGGGACAUUUAUCUGGAGGAGAGCAAACGCGGAGUCGUGGUCGUGUGCCGAGUCACUCAGGUAGUGACACAGACGCUUCUCGAGCUUAUGAUUCAAGUUCUCGACUCCCAAGGAGAGAUCACUCUAGCUCCAUCCCCAGAUCGUCUAUAAUUAAACCAUCGCCGUAUCAAGGAUCUUCGGGGAAGGUUCCAAGUAAUUGCCCUUCGUCCGGCUCUUUACCUUCUCCAUUGUUACCUUCUGGUCCUGUCGAACUUGCAGUCGGGCACAAUGCCAACGAUAUCGUCUGUUAGCAAUGCGACACUGCAUUCCCGACCACCCGGCAUGUCUCAGCGGCCACGUGCAAACACUGUAUCGUCAGCGACCUUAUUGAACAACUCUCAUCUCCUGUCUGGUUCUUCCACAUUCCCCGCUUACCAGAAGGCAUUCGCUGCGGAGAACAGAGCAAUUCCUGGUAUCUCCCCUGAUGCUUCCGCUGAAGAGCUUCGGGAGGCACUGAUCCUGCAGCGUAAGAAAUACACCCAGCUGCAAGAGUACAUCAUCACCAUCACUAAACGCUACGA